AUGCUGCUUCUGCUGCUUUUAUUGCUGGCACUUCUCUUUCAAGGUGGCGACAAUAAGGAUGAUUUCCAGGGUCCGACCUCGUUCUACCUCAUCCAGAUAUCAUCCUUUCCCAAUAGCACCUGGGCACAAAACCAAGGCUCAGGCUGGUUGGAUGAUGUGCAGAUUCAUGGCUGGGAGAGCAACUCAGAAAAUGCUACUUUCCUGAAGCCCUGGUCCAAGGGCAAGUUCAGUGAUCAGGAGGUGACUGAACUGGUGGACAUAUUUCGAGUCUACCUGAUUGGAUUUAUUCGGGAAGUACGAGAUUUUGCCAGUGUAUUCCAGAUGGAAUAUCCGUUUGAGAUCCAGGGCAUAGCUGGUUGUGAGCUGUGUCAUGGGGAGGCCCCAGAAAGUUUCCUGAGGGGAGCUCUAGGAGGACUGGACUUCCUGAGCAUCCCGAAUUGUUCAUGUGUACCUGCUCCAGAGGGUGGCUGGAGGGCAAAGAAGUUUUGUGCAACAAUCAUUCAGUACCAAGGGAUCCUGGAAGCAAUAGGGAAACUCCUCUUUCUAGACUGCCCUCAAUUUCUCUUGGGUGUUCUUGAUGCAGGAAAGACAGCUCUACAACGGCAAGAAAAGCCUGUGGCCUGGCUGUCCAGGGGACCCACUCCUGGUCCUGACCGUCUGCUGCUGGUGUGCCGCGUCUCUGGAUUCUACCCGAAGCCUGUGUGGGUGACGUGGCUGAGGGGGGAGCAGGAGCAGCCUGGCUCUCGGCGAGGUGAUGUCCUGCCCAAUGCUGACGGGACCUGGUAUCUCCGAGUCACCCUGGACGUGGCAGCUGGGGAGGCUGCUGGCCUGUCCUGCCGAGUGAAGCACAGCAGUCUCGGUGGCCAGGACAUUGUCCUCUACUGGGGACAGCCCGUCUCCAUUGGCUUGAUCUGUCUGGUUAUAAUACUGCCACCCUUGCUCCUUUUCAUAGGCUUUGCAUUACGGUUUAUGAGGCACCGGUGA